AGUACUUUACCAAUUAGAUAUAAUAAAAAAAAAAUUGGCAUUUAAAGUACUUUUAUUUUUAAUGUAACACAUAUUUUUUUACUGAAACGAAUGAAUCUUAUUUUGAUCGGAGCUUUCCUAACUUUUAUUUUUUACCCAUAUGUUUAUUCACAAGAAUAUGAUAUACUUGUGCUGGGUGCUGGCUUUUCAGGGCUAGGUGCUGCUAUUCAAUUUGGAAAAAACAACGUAAACAAUUUUUUAGUGCUAGAAGCAAAAGACUAUAUUGGUGGAAGAAUAAAGCAAGUACCUUUUGGUGGUGUAACAAUAGAACUUGGUGCUGGGUGGAUUCAUGAUGCCGAUAUUGUACCUCACAAAUACUACGAUCUCUCAAAAAAAUAUAACAUGAAGUUACAUACUGUAAACUAUGCCAACGUUUUAUACAAAUGGAAAAAUGGUACCAAGGUUGAUGAAAACCUAAAACUUCAGACAGAGAACGAACUUUCAAACAAAUAUUUAAACAUGAAAAACAUUGCUUUGAAAAGAUACCAAGAAGGAAGAGGUGGAGUCAAUAUGAGAACAGCUUUAAGAAUGUCUGACUGGAUCCCAGAUACAUACAUGAAGCAAGCAGCAGAGUAUUUUCGACUUGAUUUUGAAAAUGGAGUUAUUCCUGAAGAUAUUGACGCUAUUACCAGUGGUAGUACAGGCUCUGGAAAAGAUUAUAUAAACACAGACCCUCGUGGUUACAGUUUUCCAGUUUUGGAAGAAGCUAAGUUUAUUAAAGACAAAAUAUUAUUAAAACAUGAAGUUACAAAAAUAGAACAGCUUGCAAACAAAAAAUACAAAGUUUAUACAACAAAAGGAAUCUUCUCCGCAAAGCACGUUUUGGUCACAUUUAGCACUGGUGUUUUGCUGUCGAAAAAAAUUACGUUUAUACCCGAGUUACCAUUAUGGAAAACUGAAGCGUUGAGCAUGGUUCCUAUGAACCAUUAUUGUAAAAUUUUUUUACAAUUUAAAAAUGCGUUUUGGGAUACAAAACCAGAAUAUAUAGUUGUUGCAGGCAACGAUCGAGGAUAUUUUCAGCACUGGCAAACAUUCGACUUCAAAACUCUAUACCCAGGCAAAAAUAUUCUUUUGGCAACAUUGACGGGUGAGACGUGUAAAAAAUAUCAUUUGAUUAGUGACGUUGAAGUGAUAGAUGAAGUCUUUGCGGUAUUAAAAGGAAUGUACGCUCAAGCUACAAAACCAACAGCAAUACUGCGAAGUUCAUGGAGUACUGAUCCUCAUGCUAUGGGAUCUUAUUCAACUCAGACUGGAGGCAUUAAUGAAGAUGAUUAUCGAGCACUAGAUCAUCCAGUAAACGCUUCAUUGUGGUUUACAGGCGAAUACAAAGGUCGCGAAGAAUUCGGCUACGCUCACAAAGCACUUGAAUUAGGCAUGGAAGAAGCUGAACGAAUAAUUAAAUGUAUCAGAGUGUAUCAUUGCCCUGAACCACGCCCAACAAGAAAAAUAUACUGCUCUAGGUAGGGCACAAGUCAAAAUACGAAAGAAAUGUUAUUUACUUUUAGUUUAUAAUUAUGAUUGUUGACAUAUAUGAUUUUAUUUCUUUCUU